AGGUGGCGCUGUGAUGGCAGUGGGAAUAUGGACUCUGGUGGAUAAAAGUGACUACAUCAGCCUUCUGUCCUCCAACACCUACUCGGCCGCGGCCUUCAUCCUGAUUGGCGCGGGGGCCGUCGUCAUGCUCACUGGGAUACUUGGCUGCUGUGCCACCAUCAGAGAACAAAGAGGUCUUCUUAGAGUGUUCUUUGUCCUGCUGUUAUUAAUCUUCCUACUGGAGAUCACAGCUGGAAUUCUGGCUUACGUCUAUUAUCAGGAGUGUUUUCCUCUCUGCUACCAGCUGAACGCUGAGCUCAGAGCCGAUCUGAAAGAGAGGAUGGUGCAAAACUACCAGCAGCCUGGACAAGAGCAGAUCACUAGAGCCAUUGACAACCUCCAGCAAGAUCUGAAGUGUUGUGGCAGUAACAGCUCAGCAGACUGGAGGGAAGGGGCCUGGAUUCAGAUCUUUGCCGACAGACGCCUGGUGCCCGACAGCUGCUGUAAGACCCCCACAGUGGGCUGUGGAGUCAGAGACCACCCAUCCAACAUCUACAAAGUGGAGGGAGGUUGCAUAUCCAAACUAGAGGAAUUUAUUCUUCAGCAUCUGAUCAUUUUGGGCUCAGUGGGUCUUGGGAUUGCGUUCAUUCAGAUUGUAGGGAUGAUUUUUACCUGCUGCUUGUAUCAAAGUUUGAAAGAAGAAAUAUACUGAAGAAGAUACUCAUUCACACCAAUACUAAAUAAGCCUUCCUACUGUGUCUGCAUUACUGUCUGCUACUGUUUGGUUGUAUGUUGUGUGUCAUGAAUACGUCACAGUAAUGCAGGAUGACAGGUCAAUAUGUCUUGGCUGCAGGACAGUCCUUCUGGAAAGUGAACUUAGCUUGCUUUGUUUUAAGCAAAGAUUUUUAAAAGCAGUGUGUUCGAAUUUUGAUGUCAAAAUGAAAUCAGUGGAAUUGUUUCAUCUGAUUUCUGUUAGUUUUGCUCUCACAGUGCCUUCAAAUACAUACAGAAUUUGUCUGCCAUUGAUUAUUAAACAUUAGAUAAUUAUUGGCACCCUUUCAGCAUUAAAAUGGGUUGUAAUCUUUAAUGACAGACAUGAAUUUUUACAUGCUUUGUAUGUAACAUUUGUUCUAUUAAUAAAACAUUAACAUUAAUUUAUUUUCAUCAAGUGGAAGUAAUAUUUAAGGUAUUCACUGUGUCUGUAUAUUUUCUAUAACCAAGGGUGAUUAAUAAAACAUUUAUGAUAUAAAAUGUGCAUACCACGUGUAAAUAUGCAUAUAGGAACUACUUGCACAGUAACUGUUUUACUCGGAACUUUAUAACCGACUGACAAUGAAAACAAGCAGCUGUUUAAAUUAUCUGUGUUUUUUAUCGUAAAUUCAAUAAAUUUAUGACAUUUCAGUAAAUGUAUAUAGUAGGUUAUUGUUGGAGUUAGUAUUGCCAUUAUCGCUUGUUAAUGGUCAGUCUUUAUAAACAGCGAAAAACAGUACAUUUGGUGAUAUAAAGCAUAUAUAAAGCAUCUAAACCUACAUGUGUGAUUGUGGCCAGUGCUGCAUCUGCAGGUAAGACUCAAAACAUCCCGUCAAACGAACAUGCAUAUUUACAGUAAGGUAAUCAGAUUUCUGAAAUGGGAACCGGGGACAUUUUCUAUUUGAGUGGGUGGUCAAAAUAUAAUUGAAGUCCCACUUUUUAUUAUCAAUGAAUAAAAAAAAAACAAAAA